AGGGUCCCCACUCUUGUGUCAUUUUACCCCCUAAACUCCCACAGUCCCACUCCUCCAUCAAAAUCUCCAAUCACACCAGAAUUGAUAUUCAUCAAUCUCAAUCCAAAAACACAGAACUUUCUUCAUCAUCUUCUUCAAUUGAUUCCAUUUCUUGAACCCAUUGAAGAACUUCCACAACCAUUGAAUUCAAGAUUCGAAAUAGAUGAGAAUGAAGUUAAAAGGUUGUGUUUCACAAGUAUGGCUUAGAGCUUAUUUUGAUUCAUAGCUAAAGAGAAUUUACUUUUUGAACCUGAUUCUGAUUCUGAUUCACUUUUUAAUAGAGAUCUUGCUGAUUUACUUUAUUCAAGUUCUUUCUGGUAUGCUAAUUACUCGGUUUUUUGAAAGUUUCUCCUGAUUUUGUGACUUUACUUGCUCUUCAACAAACUCUUACUUCUAUUAGGAACAACGGUUUCUUGAUUAUAUUGAGAUUAAUGCAGUUGUGUAAUCAGAAAUGUAAAUAUUGCAUAACUGGAGAUAAAGAACAGUGAAAUUGAGGUUGAGGAGUUGAAGAAGUCUGAAGAAGUGGAAAUUUUAAGGGUAACUAAGUCAUUCCAAUGGGUUUGGUUUCUUACCUGUUGUUUUGAAUGGAAGGUUCCAUUGAUUUUGCACAAUUGCUUAAUGGUGACUUAUCAACUAUAAUCAUCUCGAAGUUGGAUGAUCCAGCUGAUGUUGUUCGUGUUGCUUCUGUUUCGCAUACUUGGCGCCAAUUUGUGAUUGCAAGUGGGUUCUCGAAGAGUCUUUGCUUAAGAUUGUUUCCAGAAAUAUCAAACGAUGUUAAAGCCAUUGUAGAAAACAAUAUAAUAGAGCCCUUCGAAGUCGAGACUACUGGUAGUGUGGAAGUGGAGAAGUUGAAGAAAAACCAUACAGUUUAUGCCCUCCUAGCAAGAGGUCUGGCUCCUUCUUUAGCAGCAGGUUGCAUUGUUGAGGCUAUAAGUAUUUCUAGCACUGAUCAUUAUCGGGAAGAAAAUAUUCACAACACUUUGGAACCUAGAGAGAGAGUCAAGGGGAGGCUUUCCUACUGGUCAAGCAUGGGAGAGAGUAAUCCUGAGGUGCAUGAGACUUUGACUUAUAAAUUCGUAUCCAAGUUGUGUUGCAUCACUGAGAUCAACAUCCGACCGUUCCAAGAUCAUUUCGACCAUGAUUUUCCUAUCUAUUCGGCCAGGGCGGCGCGAUUUCGAAUGGGCCAUGUUAGAGAACCACAAUAGGGAAGAAACCUUUUGGGUGAUUAUAAGGCAGGUCGCAGAUCCAUCGAAGAUCACGUAGUAUGGACAUACACCUCAGAAAAGUUUCCAAUGGUUCAGGAAAUUUUUUUACAAAAGUUCAAGUUACCAGAACCUGUUCUUGCCGUCGGUGGACUUCUGCAGAUUGAACUGUUGGGUCGGGUCCAGCUUGCAUCAGAUUACUUAUACUACUUGUGUGUGUCUCACGUUCAAGUCGUGGGACACCCCCUCACAAGUGAUUUCGCUGCGGAGAAAUGCGUCUUGAAGUACAACAAAAUGACGGCUAUUGAGUCUCUGGCAGGAGAGCGAGUAUAUCGUUUUUAAAUACCUUAUCUUGGAGUGUGCAUGGUGUAGACAAUCAUAAUAGUGUUUGAAAAAGAUGAAGGUGAAGAUGAUGGGAAGUGAUCAUUUUGCUGGUGGUUACGGGAACUAUAAGGUUUGUGCAAGUGUACUGGUGAGAUACGUUGUUUCAUUAAAUCGUGCAUGUUGGUGUAUAUUUAUAGCUUAAUGUUACCUAGAUUAUCUGUAACAAUAAUACAAAAUUCUGACAAUCCUCACAAUUUUGAUUA